GUGUUGAAAGAGAAAAAGAGACGUAUUUGUCAGGUGUUUAGGGGAACUUAUCCUGUUUCGUUUUUUCCAGGAUGCACCAAGAAAUGUGUGGGUGAGAAAGGUUAGAAAAGUAAAGAAAAUUAAACUUUUAAAUAAAGGUCAAUGAAAUUUAUCGUUUCGAAAUAAAAUAUUAUUUUUAUCAUGUGUCUCUAAAAUACUAUCGUCCAAUUUGUUCUUCAGGUGCUAAAGGAAAGAAAGGCAAACGUGGUAAGAAUUGAAAUGUUGAAAUCCAGGAAAUGUCAACAAAAAUACAACACGAAAGAUAAUCAAAUUUAAAAAAUUCGCGUGGCGAUCUAGCAACGGCAGCUGGUCAUGCUAUGCCAAUCAACCUGCAUCUAAAUAGGUGAAAGACAAUGCAUCUGUAAAGUCAUUAAAAAUUUCCAUGGCAUGACUAGGACUAAUUUACAUCUGUACACGGGCUAGGAAAUAUCGUUAUAAAUGACAUAUAAAUAUAUGUCAUUUAUAACGGUAUUCCUGGCCUGUGUACAGGUGUAAAAUUCAUGUGAGAGAAUACGGCUUAGAACAUGUUGAAUCAUGCGUAAGUUUGCGUAAGUACAACAGUGCAUAAUAUGGAUGACCGCCACGUGACCUAUCAAACUUGUAUCAUUUCUCAUUUCCCAGGUGAACUUGGCAAGCAGGGCAAACCAGGACCUCAAGGAUCUCGGGGAUUUCCAGGGGCACGUGGGGAUCACGGAUACAGAGGGAAUCAAGGACCUAAGGGAGACAUAGGUGAAAAAGGAGAGAGGGGUAACGAUGGUAACAUGGGAAGAACAGGUGGAAAAGGGGAUAAAGGUAAACAUCACUUUCAAAUGUUGUUCAUCCACGAAUUUUGCAAGCUUUGCCAUCAUUUGUUUUCUCCCCCUCCCACAUUUGGUAUAUUUGAGGUAAUAGCAUGUCAUAUGUACGCUGUAUGGCACGCAGGAUGGAGCUUCUUAAUACUGGUUCUAAAUAGCAUCAAUGCGCAUAAAAACACGUACUUUUUCAAAGAAAGCUUUAACAGCUAAUUUAAUAAUUAAUUAAAUUUCACCCGAAAAAAUUGGUUGCAUCAUGCAAAGUCCUUCUCAAUCAUUAUAAUUCAGACCAUCUGAAGUAGUAUAUUUAACAUGCCAAACAUAACAAAAGAUGUCUAUUCCUAAUGAAGUAUUAUUUUGUUAUUUUAGGAGAAACUGGUAGCCCAGGAAUGAACGGUCCAAAAGGUAGAAGAAAAACAAUAAACCAUAAAUUAGACAGUUUUUUCCUAACUAGAAUAGUUACUAGCGCGGGUAAGAGCUCUGUGCUAGUGGCUCAUGGAUUAAGUAAAUCAUGGAUAAGUGAAUAAUAGUAGAUAAGUAUCCGUAAAUUAUCUAAUAAACUACCACUCUCUAAUAUCGACCCAGAGUUUUGUAAGAAGUUCCUCUAUAUUAAAUGCUCUCUAUCUAAUAAACAUGUCCUCCCUCUAACAGGGGCAUUUAUUGUACAUAAUUAAACAUAUACCGGCAAGAGUUAUUGGUUUGUUAGUAUAGGUAAUAGCAUGGUUUCAAGUGCAAUUUGGAUAUAACAUUCACGAGUGAGUUUUUCAAAGAUCUAUUACUUAUUAAUAAACCAUGAAACCAUGCUAUAUAACUUAUUAAUAAAUUACAUAAAAAUGUUCGAGACAAUUGUAGUUUUAACUUACGUUUAAAUAGCGAACAUUCGCAAGUUUUCCUGGCUUUGUUAUAUCACAUUAUAUAACGCUAACAGCUUGAACAUUCCACUCAACUAUGUAAGUUUUGUUAGUCUUGUUUAAGGUAAAUGCUUUUCCAUUUAACAAUAAAGAUAAAAGCCAUAUUUUUCAACCGAAGUCAACUUUCACUUUAUGUAGCGCGGCGCCAUGUUUGUUUUAUUUUGAAGCAAUCUGUGACUGUUACUUCUCUAAACUAAUCUGCUUCAAACUAAUUGGUUAAUUUAAUCAUCACAAUGUUUUCCCAUGCACUAGUCGGAUCAGUUUGUUACAGAUUUUUGCACUGUGAUUACAGAAAAAUUGCACUGUAAUUACAGAAAAUUGCACUGUGAUAACAAAACAUUGCACUGUGAUUACAGAAAAUUGCACCGUGAUUACAGAAAAUUGCACUGUGAUUACAGAAAAUUGCACUGUGAUGACAAAAAAUUGCAUUGCGAUUACAGAAAAUUGCACCGUGAUUACAGAAAAUUGCACUGUGAUUACAGAAAAUUGCACCGUGAUUACAAAAAAUUGCACUGUAAUUACAGAAAAUUGCACUGUGAUAACAAAAAACUGCACUGUGAUUACAGAAAAUUGCACCGUGAUUACAAAAAAUUGCACUGUGAUUACAGAAAAUUGCACCGUGAUCACAAAAAAUUGCACUGUAAUUACAGAAAAUUGCACCGUGAUUACAGAAAAUUGCACCGUGAUUACAGAAAAUUGCACCGUGAUUACAAAAAAUUGCACUGUAAUUACAGAAAAUUGCACUGUGAUAACAAAAAAUUGCACUGCUGUUUGGGAUUAACUGCACUGAAAUCAACCAAUCACAGUCGAAUAAUAUAUUUAUGUAUAUAUUAUUAAUUCAAAAAUACUGAGUGUUAAAAUGGAGUGCAAAAAUAAACGCCUCACUAAUAAACGUCCCCCAAAGCGGGGCAUUUAUCAUGCAUAUCAUUUACGGUAUGUCGGUAAAGUGAAAAAGUGAUCAACGGCGAUUGUUAAGAAUGUUUAAAACUACAGAAUGCACAUUGUAUAAUUACAUAAUGUGCGCAUCAAUAAUGUAUAUAGAGGAUAUUAGACGGUUGCGAAGAGAUAUGGAUUUUAUGUUCGAGUGGCAAAAACAAUAUCUCACGAGUGAGCGCAGCGAACGAGUGAGAUAUUGUUUUUGACACGAGAACAUAAAUCCAUAUCUUCUCGCAACCGUUUAAUGUUCUGUUUUUUUAUAUGGACUUACUCAGAGUGACAAAAAUACACACAAAGACGACAUGUAAAUAAGCACGAGAAAGAGCAGUAUAAAAGCGAUAUUUUUAAAAAUUAUAGUGCAAACAUAAAACUAGAAUAAAGUUUACUUAUCUCAAGAUGUCUUUUAAAUGUUUUCGUUUUAUUUCCAACGUUAAUUUCGUUUUAAAUACGAACCAAAGACCAUUUGUCUUUUCAAAACAACAACAAUGAAAAUGGCGGGAAAUUUUCGAACUUCGUAUGUCACCAGCAGAGGUGAAAUACGAAAAAUACGCGCACCUAGCCCCGGAUGUAGUGACGUAUGAGUUCUACGAGUGUUUUAGUUUCCAGUAAAACACCAUUGUCCAUAUAAUAAAACAACAUAUUUUUCAUUUUAUCACAUUGGCUGAAUUGUUUGUUUCAGGUGACAGAGGACAGGCAGGACAAACGUUAAUG